AUGUGGUCGAAACUUCAUUUCAUCAGUCUUGCUGCACUGACAGCCAGGUUGGCAGCAGCUGUCACCCAAAUCACAGACAAUGAGAUGAGCAAUCUGCUGAAUCAAGGAGGCAUUGAACUGGCGGACCGUUACGCCCCGCUGUGGUUUUUCGGUCAAGCCCAGAAUCAGCCUCCAUGCUAUCCUACAUGGGCCUUUGGGGGCUCUCCCGCCUCGCCUGAUAUCUACGACGAUGCUCACAAAACACCAGCCGCGCCGCAGUGUCAAUAUCCCAAUGUCGGAUGUAAAUGCCGCAACCCUGGCGUGGGGAUCGGCAACCGCGGACCAGCGUUCCCAAUAUACUUCACCUACAAGAGGUGUAGUGACACCGAGGUGCGGGUGGUGUAUAACCUGUUCUAUGAGAAGGAUGGUGCUGAGGUCAUUGGUAUCGAAACUGGUCAUGAUUAUGACUGGGAGAGAGUGAUCAUCAUCCACUCGAGAGACGCAAGCAACAUGUGGGCACCGUCCCGUGCCCUUCUCUCUGCGCACAGUGGCUACCAUGACCUGGCAUGGGCAGAUAUCCAGAACACGCUUACCACCGACGAGAUCACUGCGGGGGACGCCAAAAAUCCGAAUGGCGUGCAGAAUAAUGACCAUCCAAAGGUCUAUGUUGCUUGGUCUAAGCACGCUCAUUUCGAUGACCGCAAUACCGGCUGGAACGAUCCCAUCAGCCAGUCAACGGAUAAUGCCUUUCGCAGCGAUGACUGGUGGUAUUAUGUUGACAAGAGCUAUUAUAUUCUGUCGGACGAUACCACAGUCGCUGGCAAAGCUCUCGGGUCUGCGAAUUGGGGCGAUGCAUCUAGCAACCCUCCUUCUGUACAUGCAAGUCAAUUGGAUUCCCAAGACCCGUCAAUCAUCGAAUUCCUGGCUAUCAAGCACAACCUACCACCCAUUUCACCCUCAUUUCAAGCAACCCCGCAACAACAUCCCACGAACAGAAAUCCACCAACUAACAGCAUCAACCACCAGCUACAACCUCAACCCCCAACCUCACCCACGAAAAUGUCCUGGUUCCAAAAAACAUUCACCCUCCCCCCUCGCUCCCGCGGCUCCUACCUCAUAACCGACGAAGUCCUCUCCCAACUCCCCGAACUCCGCACCUACAAAGUCGGCAUGCUCAACCUGUUCGUGCAGCACACCAGCUGCGCGCUCUCGCUGAACGAGAACUGGGACGAGGAUGUGCGCGCCGACAUGAGCGAUGCACUGGACCGCAUUGCGCCGGCGGAUCGGAAGGGGAAUCUCUACCGGCAUUCGGCUGAGGGGGAGGAUGAUAUGCCGGCUCAUAUCAAGUCCGCUCUUGUUGGGGCUUCGGUGAAUAUUCCCAUCUCGAACGGGCGGUUGGCGACGGGUACGUGGCAGGGGAUUUGGUAUUUGGAGUUUCGGACGAGUCGGCACACGCGCAAGGUUGUUGCGACGAUUCAGGGUGAGAAGGCGUGA